AUCAUAUAUAAUUAAGAAGCCUAUCUCACCACGAUUGUGACAUUGGAAUUUGUAGAACACUUCAGAUUCUAAGUGUUUCUUUUCUCUCAAUUGUACUUCCACAAACCUUUUUGGUUUUCUAAACCUAGAGUUAUGACAAAGUUGGAAAAAGUUGUAUUUUGGUACAUUCUCUUGCUUCUUCCUGCUAUAGUAUUAGGAGAAUGUACAUGUGAAUCUGAGGAUGAAGAAAGAAACAAAACUGAAGCACUGAAAUAUAAAAUGGUAGCAAUCGCUACCAUUUUGGUAGCCAGUGCAAUUGGGGUUUGUAUUCCUGUACUAGGAAAAGCAAUUCCAGCUUUGAGCCCAGAGAAGAAUUUCUUCUUCAUAAUCAAAGCGUUCGCGGCGGGUGUGAUCCUCGCGACAGGGUUUAUACAUGUACUCCCCGAUGCAUAUGAAAGCUUGACAUCGCCAUGUUUGAAAGAAAAUCCAUGGGGAAAUUUUCCUUUUAGUGGAUUUAUUGCAAUGGUUUCUGCUAUGGGAACUCUUAUGGUGGAUACUUAUGCAACUUCAUAUUUCAGAAACAAAAAUGACACGAAAAAUGGAUUGGUGGCUCAGUCUGGAGAUGAAGGAGGAGCUAUUCAUGUUCAUUCACAUGGCCAUGCACAUGGUGCAUCAUCAAUGAUGGGUGAUUCUAGUUCUGAGCUCCUUCGUUAUCGUGUUGUAUCUCAGGUUUUGGAGUUGGGGAUAAUAGUGCACUCUGUGAUAAUAGGAAUAGCUUUGGGUGCUUCUGAAAGUCCCAAAACCAUAAGGCCUCUUGUUGGAGCUUUGACUUUUCAUCAAUUUUUCGAAGGCAUGGGACUUGGUGGAUGCAUUGCUCAGGUA